AUGUGGUUCGAUAUCGAAGAACUGCGAUCAAGUCUUAUAGCCUGGUCAAAAGCGAUUCAAGAAGAGAUCACGACCCUCGUCGCACAAACGAUAGAAACAGAAGCUAAGAAUAAUUCGGCCUUCAGAGCAUUGAUGAGCUCCAGCUUUAAGAAAGCUUCUGAACGGCAAAGGCAGAUUGCUCUUCGAAAGAUUCGGAAUCGCUGUUCAACCUACGACUACGAGACUCCAUGGAGACAGAUCCGCAAAGCUGGGAACACCUGCCUGUACAAGGAGUUGCCUCAGUACAACCAGUGGAUAGUGGCACCAGCCUCAAAGACCCUGGUUCUGGUUGAGAAACUGGGAUAUGGAAAAUCUGUCACGCUUGCGAACAUGGUGGAUGAUCUCAACUUGCGCAUCGACCCCAAGACUUGCGGACUCGCAUACUUCUUCUGCCGACACGAUAUUCCUGAAAGCAAACACGCAGAAACGAUCAUGGGCGCACUCCUACGCCAGAUCAUCAGCCCACUCGAACAUCUCCUCGAUGAAUCUCAGGUUAUGAAUUUAUAUGAUCUUCCUCAGCCCCUUGGUCUAAUGCGUCACGUUGUCCCUUCUGGAUAUGUCUUGUAUAUCAUAGUCGACGGUCUGGACAUAUGUUCUCCCUCAGAACGAAAGACGGUCACAGAGCAAUUGGAGCUUAUGGCGACGCAUUUCAACGUACAUAUCUGUAUCUCUCGCCGCCUGGAACCUGAUACCAAGUUGCAGUCUGAACAUGAUACCGACCAGCAAUCUGAACCUGAUACCGAGCUGCAGACUAUCGCUAAAGACUUCUCGAAAGCCACUGUUAUCCGGCUUCCCAAUAACGAUUCGGAUAUUGAGACGUACGUCGAAGCGCAAUUAGAGGCCGCUAUAUUGAAAAAGAAGUUGGUCUUGGGUGAGCCCGCUCUCAUUCUUGAGAUCACGAAUGCGCUAUUGGACGGCUCGCAACAUAUGUUUCUCUGGGUUGCUCUUCAGAUCCAGUCGCUUUGCAUGAUGCAAACCGAUCACGACAUUCGAAGAGCGCUCGUCAAUUUGCCCAAAGAUCUUCCAGAGAUCUACAGCCAAAUACUACAGCAAGCAAACUGUCUUAACCAGGCGCUACGAUCGAACAUAUUCAAGCUUAUAUUGGCUGCGAGACGGCCACUCACGCGUCUCGAAAUGCGAGAAGCACUAAGCGUUAUCCCAGGCAACACUGCAUGGGACCGUUCCAAGCUUCUUAAUAGUGUUGAUCCGUCACUAGCGAGUUGUGGGUGCCUUAUUACCGUCGACGAGGAGGAACAUACGAUACGUACAGUUCAUCCGAGUGUGAACCUGUUCUUGCUCCAAGACACUACCACCACCCCAGAAAUGGUUCGCGGAAUCCAUUUCACAAUGGAGGAAGCGCAGUCACUGAUGUCAUCGAUCAUUAUCACAUACCUUGGUUACGGCAUCUUUGGCACGGAGCUUGCUCUUCGCCCGCAUGUAAUCAACGUAGGAGCAUUGCCAGACCAUGUCAUGGAGUCUACGAAACAUGCAGAGAAUGGUCUCUUGGCUGCGACUCUGAAGAUAUUGCGGUCACGAAAGAAGACUAAAUUUGAUGCUUCGCACACCUUCGUUCCAAACCUCAGGUCACCUAGACCGCCGACCAUGGAUGACUUCCUCUUCCAACAUUACGCAAAGCCGUACGCACUGCAGCAUCUCUCAGAUCUCCCUGAUGUAUCCCGCGCUAAUCCAGAGAGCCUGUUGAAAAUGCUGAAGAAUGGCGCAAUAGUCAUCAAAUCUAACGAAGAGGCCAUUGGAGUGCUGUAG